AAUAUUCCUCUUUCCCUUUUCUUUAAUUAAAAAAAACCAACUUGUCACUCUCAAAAUUCCCACUCUCAAAACCCCACAUAAAAAGUUAAAAAGACCAAGAAAACACAGUAUAAUUUCUUGAGCUUUUAGCUUCAUCAAUGGGAGAACCACCAUUUUUUUGGGUGUUUCUGGUCAUAAAUUUUUUAUUUUUCACUCAAAUAGUAAGAGUAAAAGCAACAUGGUGUGUAGCAAGAAGUGAUGCAAGUGAACAAUCAUUACAAAGUGCUUUAGAUUAUGCAUGUUACUCUGGUGCUGAUUGUGCUCCUAUUUCAGCAAAUGGACUUUGUUAUCUUCCAAAUACAAUUCAAGCUCAUGCUUCUUAUGCAUUUAAUGGCUUCUAUCAACGUAUGAAUAGAGCACCUGGUUCUUGUGAUUUUGCUGGCACUGCUACCAUUGCUAAAACUGAUCCAAGUUAUGGAUCUUGUGAUUAUCCAGCACAUACAAGCACUGCUGGUGGCUCUACUCCUCCGAACACCAGUGGUGGUGGCACAACCGGAGGGACUACCACACCGACCACGACGCCAAUUCUUUACCCACCACCACCAGGGUCCGCAAAUCCUUUCAAUGGCAAUGGAGUUGGACCUGAUAUUACUGACUCAGAGACUUCUAAAGCUUCUCCCAAGUUCUCAAAUUUAGUUCCUGCAUAUUUUAUGCUUCUCUUCAUUCAUAUUUUUCAACUCUUGUAGCCAUUCGUUGUAGAAUAUAGCCAUACUUUUGCUAGUUUGUUGAAGGCUAGGACAGUAAAAUUUUGGUUAGAAAAUGGAAGCUUUCAUCUUGCUAUUUUGAAAACUUCAGCCCUUUGGAGUAACAUUCUGGUCUUUAUAAUCAACUGUCUUGGCCUGUUGAUACAA